AUUAUUUUUGGACUGUUGCUAAGAGAGGCCUACGCCUCAAAAUAACAAAUUCUUUUUUUUAGUUCUUUGGAGGCAAAACAAGUUUCAAAUUUCCGACCGCAGACAAGGCAGCAACUUGUGCUUUUGAUUUGGAUGUCAAAAAGAGCUGACUAUGAAUUCCGACGCCGUCCCUGUUCAGAUUCCAUUGGAAAUGGUUCCAGUUUCUGAGACGCCACUCUCGGAAUUUUCCCAACCGAAUGAAGCCGGAAAACCAAACCAAGUUGGUGAUCAAAACGGAAAUCCACCGUCAAAAAACUCCUAUGGGUAUCCAGUUCAACCCCCACUUCAGCCAUUUGAAGGAUGUUGCAACCAAUUCUUGGGAUUACCUAUGACAGGAUAUCCCCUUGGACAUCCUCCGAUAGUCACCCAACCUGGAGUGGGUACUGGAAUGGCACCAGUUGGAUUAUCUGGAGGCUGGACCAAUGUAAUACCAAACUGUCUACGAGGAAUGGAGUACCUAAAGACUAUCGACCAGCUUUUGGUUAAGCAACAAAUUGAGUUUUUUGAGGCUAUCACUGGAUUUGAGACCAACAACAGGUACUCGAUCCAAAAUGUCUUGGGUCAGAAGGUCUUCUAUGCGGUGGAGGACACAAAUUGUUGCAUCCGAAAUUGUUGCCCCGAGAGACCCUUUCACAUGAGGAUUUUUGAGAAAUAUCUCAAGGAAGAAGUGAUUCACCUACAUCGGUCAUUUGGUUGUUCCUCCAUUUGUUGCCCGUGUUGCCUGCACAAAAUCGAGGUGUCUGCUCCACCCGGAAAUGUAAUUGGUAGCAUCCAAGAGGAGUGGUCAAUUUGCAGACCAUCCUUUCGCAUUCUAAACCAAAGUGAUGAUCUUGUUCUGCGCAUCGAAGGACCCUUGUGUUUCUGCUCGAUGUGCCGCAAUGUCGACUUCAACGUUACAAAUCUCAACGGGGAAAAGGUCGGUAGGAUCUCUAAGCACUGGUCAGGACUUGGCCAAGAAUGGCUAACGGAUGCGGAUAUUUUUGGCAUCACCUUUCCAAUGGAAAUGGACGUUAACCUUAAGGCGGUUCUAUUAGGAGCAACAUUUUUAAUUGAUUUCAUGUUUUUUGAAAAGUCCUGUGAUUGUUUAUUUAAAUAUAGCAGCUGUUGUCUUAAUUCAUAAAUUGUAAUAAUGUAAAAAAUUGUUAAGAUUUAAAACUCGUAAGACUGAAAAAUAUGUAUGAUCAGUUCUUUUUGUAUAUUAGUGUAUAAAUGUAAAUAGUAAAUAAGGCUCUUCUUUAUGAUGAAAGAGAGGUUAUAAUUUUCUUCUUGUUAUUGUAUAAUAGCAGGUCUGAAUAAUCUGUUCUUUACUAUUUUGAUGUUGAAUAAAUAAGAAAUUAAAAGUA